GUCGGCAGCCGUUGCUCGGCCCCCUUGUCCCGGAGCCGCGGCGCAUGCGCUUCUCGCCGCUUGGGCCUGGGAUUACGACGGCGCCUUUGGUGACGGCUGUGAGGGAACGAGCCGACCCCCCCCGCCUCUCUCGAUGGCCGACUGCGGGAGAGGGGAGUACAACGAACAUGACGACCGUGUGGGUGGAGGCGGCAGGCCCUUCCCGCCACGGAGGAGAAAGGGCCGGGGCUCCUUUCGCGGGAGGCUGUACAGUGAAAUGAACCAUCCACGGAACUGGAGCAACCCUGGCCCCAGCCCUCGCAGGCCACUGGAGGAGGAGGAGGACGGCGAUGUGCUCAUGAACGAGCCUCAGGAUGCGCUGCGCCCUCGCUACUCUCCCUAUGGGUCACGGCCAAACCGGGACAGGGGAGGCAUGCGCCCUGGAAUGAGGCGGAAUCCAAACUCAGAGGAAGGCUACAAGGUCUGGUACAGGAUCACGAUCCCCGGCGGGCGGAAAUACGACCAGUCCUGGUUAAUCAGGUCCAUCCAGGAGACAUGCAGCACCCCCGUCAAUCCGUUGGAGAUCCACCAUAUAAAUAACCGCUUGGUGUUCUACGUUGCUGACGCCCAGACAGCCAAUGCCCUCCGGCAGAUAUCCCGCAAGGUCGUUGGCCCGGAUGGCUACAAGAUGCCAAUCCUCACAAAUCAGUGCAGCGUAUCCAAACCGGCCCAUCGUGAGUUGAGCCUGGAGGAGAUCGAGCACCUGAAGAAGUGCAUGAGCAAGAGGUACGAUGGCUCCCUGCAGGCCUUGGACUUGAAGAAGCUCAAUGCUGAUCCAGAUCUGUUAGAGCAAAACAUCGAGAUGUUCUUGAACCGCUCAAACUGCAUGAAAACUGUGAUGCAGAUCAUCGGGGAGAACAUUCCUGAGCUCCUCUCGCUGGACUUGAGCACCAACAGGCUCUUCCGGCUGGACGACUUGGCCGAGCUGCCCCUGAAGGCCCCCAAACUGAAGAGCCUCAACUUGUCUUCCAACUGGCUGAAGUCGGAGCGGGACCUGAACAAGCUGAAAGGCCUGAAGCUGGAUGAGCUGUGGCUGGAUGGCAACCAGCUGUGCGACAGCUUCCGAGACCAGUCCACGUACAUCCGCGCCGUCCGAGAACGGUUUCCCAAGCUGCUGCGGCUGGACGGCCACGAACUCCCCCCUCCCAUCUCUUUUGAUGUCGAAACACCGACCAAGCUGCCCCCCUGCAAGGGCAGCUAUUUUGGCUCAGAAGACCUGAAGGGGCUCAUCCUGCAGUUUCUGCAAGAAUAUUAUGCCAUCUACGACUCCACGGACCGGCAGGGCUUGCUGGACGCCUACCACGACGGGGCCUGCUGCUCCUUGACCAUCCCCUGCUCACUUGUGAACCCCUCCAGGACCAGGAGUUUGUCUGAAUACUAUAAGAGCAGCAGGAAUGUGAAGAAGCUGAAGGAUCCCUGCAUGCGCUUCCGGCUGCUCAAGCACACGAGGCUGAAUGCUGUGGCCUUCCUCAGUGAGCUGCCCAGGACCCAGCACGACACCAACUCCUUCGUGGUCGACGUCUGCGUGCAAACGAACUCGUUGCUGUGCUUCACUCUCUUUGGGGUCUUCAAGGAAGUGGACGGCAGAUGGCGUGACGCCGUGCGGGCCUUCUCCCGCGUCUUCAUCGCGGUGCCUGCUGGCAUCAACAGGCUGAGCAUCGUGAACGACCAGCUCUUCAUCCGGAAGGCCAGCAACGAGGAGAUCCGGAAGGCCUUUGUCAUGCCAGCCCCCACGCCUUCCUCGAGCCCCGUGCCCACCCUCUCGGCGGAGCAGCAGGAGAUGCUGCAGAACUUCUCCCUGCAGUCUGGCAUGAACAUCGAGUGGUCUCAGAAGUGCCUCUUGGACAACGACUGGGACUACAAUCAAGCUGCCCACGCCUUCACCCAGCUCAAGGCGAAAGGGAAGAUUCCUGAGGUGGCUUUCAUGAACUGAACUGGGGGUGGGGCCCUGUCACCCUGACCAAAACCAACAGAGCUCCGUUUCACCCCUUGUAAAUAAGUGUAUGAAAAUUCAGUUUUCGAAGUGGAGAGACUUCCCCCUGUGGCGACUGUGAAGGCUGCACCGUGCCCUUUGGAGGGGGCCAGAGGCCAGGACUGCGGCAAGCACUGUGAACAUGGCAGCACCUCCAAGCGGCAGCGGCAGAAGAUGGCAGCAGGGAGAGGGGCUAGGAAGCUGGGCUGGGUCGAGCAUGAAUUCCGCCGGCGGCCCCGUCACCAGGUCCUGAGGCGAAGGUCCUUCCGGGCUGCUUCCCCCCUCCUUUGAAUGUGGAGACUUUGUGCAUUUUCCUUCGUGUAUUCUUGCCACCUCCUUCCUCUGCAGCGGUUGUCUCAGGAAUCCUGCCUUGUACUGCCUAGGCUCAAGGGCCUGGCUCUCCCCAACUUGGAGGUUUAGAGCCCCCCCCCCCAGUCCUCUAGGGCCCAAAGCUUUGCUGUGUGGGGGGAAGGAAGGGCAGCAGCCCACUCCCAGCGGGUACAAGGCCUUUCCCCAAGGCUGGUACCAUCUCGACUCCGUCUCCUUGUUCUAAAUGGCCUCUGGCAGUUUCUGAGCCGCAGCUCAGGCCUGGCCCCUCCUUGCUCCUUUUUCUCUUCCGUUCCUGGGACGCUGCAGUCACUUCCCUCAGGAGGAGGAGGAGGGAGUGGUGGUUGGCACACGUGUGCCUCCCGCUGCGGCUCUGGUCUUUCUCUUCCACUUGUAGUUCUUGCAAACACUGUGUUUAGUAAAAUUAUUAUUAUUAAAACCUC